GUGAAAUGGGGAUUUUUUUUUUUUUCUUCAGAUGCCAUUUCAUCAAGCAGGAGCAGCAGAAAUUCUUAGAUCUGUGCAAAAAGAUGAGAGCUUCCUCAGUCAUUUGAAGUCAAGUAUUGCUGAGAUAGUGCAAAGAUCUUUGGGGACGAGAACAUGGUUAAACAUUCACCAAUAUUCAGAUGCUGUAUGUGAACUGGCAUAUUACAGUCUCACCACAUUAAGCUUGCGCCAAACUUUGGGGGAGGAGUAUACUGGCAUUAUUCAAGUGGACCGCAAUAGAAGACGAUUACCUUCUAAGUUUGAACGGACUGUUAUGGUAAUACUUCAAUGUUUUGGACCAAGAAUUCUACAAAUAGGGCUGAAAAAAUUUGAAAACUCAGUUAGAGUAGGCUGCUUUUCAACCUAUUUACGCCCAGAACUGAAAACAUUCAUUCUACAGCAAAUUCCAACAUUGCAGUAUUCCCUCACAUUAGUGCACAGAAUUCACUUGGCAAUAUUUUAUUUUAGCAGUGAUUUUUAUCAUAUUUCCAAAAGGAUGACUGGAAUAAAAAUAUGUAAGUAUAGAAACUUAUGUGUGUACAGUUGA